AUGAAGUUUGGCAAGCGCUUUUCUCUCCUUGUAUCCAUGAUAUUGCAAGCAGGCAUGUUGGCCUGGGUUGCUGCAGCAGGCUCUUUUAAUAGCUUGAUCGCCGCUAGAUGCUUGCAGGGGUUUGCAGCUGCAGCUGCUUAUGAUUUUGCACCUAGCUCACUUUUCACACGGCAGAGUAUCGUUCCCGAAAUUGUGUCAGAUACCACUUUUGUCCAUCGCCGAGGAGCUAUGAUGUCCAUCUACAUCGUUCUUAUCUCAGGUGGAAGUGCCGUGGGUCCGCUCAUUGCUGGCUUUAUGACCUCAGCACUCUCCGACACAUGGCACUCUUUCAUGUGGCUAUGUUGUGGUGUUGCAGUAUUCAGUUUUCUCUUGAUGUUUUCCCUCUUCCCCGAGUCCAACUUUACUCGCCCGGAGCUCGACUUGACUAUCGACCAGCUCGAAACAUUGCACAAUCGUGAAGCAUACAAGGAAGACGAAGCGCAGAUGCCCAAGGAGGAGCUCUGUGAGGAGGUGAAUCAAGUUUCAUCCACUCCAGAUGGCUACAAUAUUUACACACCUCCUCUUCGUGAGAUCCUGUCACCUAUCGCAUACAAUGCUGAAGUAAAUUUCUUGAACGCUAUGAUCGAUCCUCUCAGGCUCCUGGCUCACCCCUCUGUCUGCUGGGGUAUUUUCACUUACGCCAUUACUCUGAGCCCUCAGUUGAUUCUGAUUUUCACAAUGUCCUCCCUUCUUCAGGCUCCUCCCUACCUAUUCUCAACACAAGACGUUGGCUUGAUGCAGAUUGCAGCAAUCAUCGGUUUCUUGAUUGCUUGCUUUGGUGGCGGCAAGCUUUCUGAUAUUAUAAAUAACUUUAUCAUCCGUCGCACCGCAGGUCAAAACAUUUGGCCUGAGAAACGGUUGAUUUCCCUCAUUCCUGGAAUGCUCUUCGGCCCAGCAGGUUGCAUUCUGCUAGCCUUUGCUUGUGGCAAUCAACUCUCUUGGCCUGCGAUUGCUGUUGGCUUUGGACUUGUUUCAUUUGGAUCCGUCUAUACGCCUAACAUUGCUAUCACCUAUAUCGUCCACCGCCAUCAGAGGGAGGCCGCUGAGUGUUUGGUCUUAAUAAACAUCUUUAAGAAUUUGGUCGCUUUCAUUUUCUUAUACGUGGCUGUUGAAUGGGUCAACAAGAAUGGUUACAUUCAGGUCUACAUGAUCAUGUUCAUGCUGAAUAUGUUGAUUCUUGUUUGUGCUGUGCCGUUAUAUUUGUACGAUUCCAGGAGACACCGCAACAUGGAUGUAUUUUAA